UCUUGUGAUCGGAUGUGCAGACGUCUCACCAUGGACGGAUUCCAGAUACUUUUUGUGUUGUCAACUUUGUUUAUGGCAUCUGUCAAUGGAUGUUGUUGGACACAUGGUGGCUGCUUUUCUACGUAUUCAUGUUGUGCCACUUAUUAUUCUGGUCCCAAUUUAAUUGUUCUAGACAGGGACAGAAUCUACUUAAUAAAUAUGAACGAAAGUACAGUAACUAAGCUCGUAGUUGACAUUCCGAGCAAAGGAAGCGAAAGUUAUCAAAUAGACUACCAUCAAACAAAAUCCUACAUUUACUGGUUGGAUCCGUACUACGGAACUAUGCAUAGAACAUGCUAUCCUUGUAACGACAACGAAAGAAGGAUUGAGGAAAUAAUACCGAAAUCAACACUUUAUCAUCCAAUAAGUUUUUCCAUUGACUCCGAAAACGACCACAUUUAUUGGUCUGACAGCAGCGAUAAUGCAGUCAUCCGGUCAAAUCUAGAUGGGUCAAAUAAAACUGUUAUUAUAAAAAGCAGUAGUGGAAUAGGACAUAUCACUUUAGAUGUUAAGAAUCGCUGGAUAUAUUUUAUGGACGAUGAAAUUGGUACAAUAGAAAGGAGUAAUUUAGAUGGAAAUGCUAAAGUGGUAGUAAUCAGCGACUCUGUGAUGACAAAAAAAUCACGAAUAUUACUGGGUGAAUAUCCAAUAAAGGCACAAUACAAGUAUCUUUUACACUUGUUUUUAACAUGA